UCUCUUAUGUGUUUCACACUCGAGCUGCAGUCUAGUUGGACAGCUCAUGUCUGCUGGAAACGACGAGUUUGGAUUUACACACAUUUCUAAACCACUUCAUCUGAGUCUGUUGGGUUCUAACAAGAGACUAAAAUGUGUUUGGUGGUGUAAAUAAACUAUUUUGUGAAACGAUCGUUUCUGGCAGAGGAAAAAUGUCUGGAUGAAGAGUAUAUCACCAUUAAACUGCAGGUUUCUGUAAUGACUAAUUAAUGUGGGCAUAAUGGAGACGAAGGCACAGGUUUUAUAUGAUUUCACAGCAGAGCCUGGAAAUAAUGAGCUGUCGGUUGGAGAGGGUGAGACAAUCACAAUAACCAAUCAGAACGUUGGAGGAGGAUGGAUCGAGGCAAAGAACUCCAGAGGAGAGGUCGGAUUGGUACCAGAGGACUAUAUAGAGAUUAAACAGGCUCAGCCUUUUACCUCUGGAGGUAAUGCAGCAUCCCUCGAUCUUUCGCUCUUUGACAGUCACAUACCGACCCCGGCCCCGGCCAGCACCGCACAGGUGGAUGUAGCUCAGCCGGAAACCCCAGUCACCCCAGUUACCCCAGGAUUUUCCUCCACCUCCCCUGAUGAGACAAGUAAUGGUAAUGACCCAUGGGCAGUGUUUGACAAUAAUGCAUCUGGGGGGGUUUCUAAUAACUGGGCAGCUCAGCCAGAGGGUACAGAGACCGGGAAAACCAGCAGCAAUGCAUGGCAUUCUGGAGGACACGGGCAUCCGCAGGCCUAUCAGGGUCCAGGUGCAGAAGAUGAUGAGUGGGACGAGGAGUGGGAUGAUGUGAAGUCAUCGGGAGGCUAUGCUGAAUCUGACGCUGGAGAGGGCGGGGCUAUAAACAGAGGCGGAGCUCAUGGUUCAUCCAUGAAAAUUGCCCUCAACAAAUUCCCUGGCUUCUCCAAAUCAGGUCCUGAGGUGUUCCUGCUGUCCAAACAACCUGCCAAAGGAACCAAGUUGCCUGUUUACGGUGGAGAGGUUGGCCCAGUGUGGGCGUAUCCAGACUAUCAGCUGGACUGUGUUGUUGCCGACCCUAAAAAGGGCUCCAAAAUGUACGGCCUCAAGAGUUAUAUCGAGUACCAAGUCACACCAACUACCACAAACAAACCUGUCAAUCACAGAUACAAGCACUUCGAUUGGUUGUAUGAAAGGCUUUUGGAUAAAUUUGGUUCAGCGAUUCCAAUCCCCUGCCUGCCUGAUAAACAGGUGACAGGUCGAUUUGAGGAGGAAUUUAUAAAAAUGCGCAUGGAGAGGCUUCAGGGUUGGAUGUCGCGAAUGUGCCGGCAUCCGGUUAUCUCCAGCAGUGAAGUCUUCCAGCUGUUUAUCUCCUACAAAGAUGAGAAGGACUGGAAAACGGGAAAGAGAAAAGCAGAAAAAGACGAGACGGUCGGAGUCAUGAUUUUCUCCACGAUAGAGCCUGAGGGACUGCCAGACCUGGACCUGAUUGAAGUAGAGCAGAAGUGUGAGCAGUUCAACCGUUUCACCAGGGCGAUGGAUGACGGUGUGAAGGACUUGCUGACGGUAGGAAAUGAACACUGGAAGCGCUGCACGGGCCCCCUUCCAAAGGAAUAUCAACGGAUUGGCAAAGCUUUCCAAAACCUGUCCUCCGUGUUCACCAGCAGUGGAUACGAAGGAGAAGCUGCGCUCACAGAUGCACUGACGGCCGCAGGAAAGACCUAUGAGGACAUCGCGCAGAUGGUGGCGGAGCAGCCCAAGAAAGACCUUCACUUCCUCAUGGAAACGAACAAUGAGUACAAAGGUCUGCUGGGAUGCUUUCCUGACACUAUUGGAGUUCACAAGGCUGCCAUAGAGAAAGUGAAGGAAGCGGAUAAACUAGUGGCCACCAGUAAAAUCACCCCCUCAGAGAAGACCACCAUGUCUAAACGUGCCAGCACCAUGUCAUACGCUCUGCAAGCGGAGAUGAACCACUUCCAUAGCAACCGUAUCUAUGACUACAACAGGGUGAUGCAGCAGUACUUGGAGCAGCAAGUCAAAUUCUAUGAGAUGAUUGCAGAGAAACUGCGACAUGCUCACAGUCAGUUCACUACCAUGUAACAUCGGAGCGGCCGUCCAGAAGCUGCCUCACUCGUUCUCUCUGUUCCUCUUACAUGAUUAUUCUCGUUCUGUAUUUCUAUUCAUGUUAUCUGUGUCAUGAUGUCAGUGCCAUAAAAAUAUCCUGUUGAUCUCAGGCCAAAGAAAGCAUCGAUCGGUGGCCAAGCUCGAGUGUUUUUAAAAAGCAGCUACAGAUAUAUAAAUAUCCAGUUAUAUGGGGCUUUAAUUAUUAUAAUUAUGUAGUUAAUGAUUUAGAUGUUCCAAGUUCUGAUAAAUAUGAAAGAUGCAGAGAAAGACGUAACUUUACGUACUUUUAUACAAUUGAUCUAAACCUAUUCUGAGGCCAAGCCAAGUUAGAUUGUGCCUUGUUUUGCAGAGACCCUGCGAAAAAACAUGCUUUUUUUUAUCCACUGCACUUUACUGUGGCCUUUCAGCGCAUCAUCAUGUUUGUGUUUGGUCACAGCCAGAAACAAGCCCGAUCAUUUUCUUUGGAGGCUUUUGGAGAUGAUAACAGGAGGGCUGGUCCUUUUUCCCCAUAUGAGACAUUUAGAUGUUGUUUUUCUCUCUCCCCAAAGCCAAAUUACAAACAGAGCUCGUGCUCAGCUUGAUGCUUCCACCUCGCUGCAAUUAUCACCUAUUUCUUAUCUUGUAAAAAUGAAAUUAUACUCCAUCUGAUGCAUGUUGUUCAUAUAUUUUGUAUGUAUAGCAGUGUUCACAAAUCUUUUACACACAGAUUGACAAAACAAUUGAGAUUAUGAUUCAAUAAAUACUGAUUUGUAUGCUA